AACGAUGGUGAUGAGCAGAGCUACCGCUUUGGUUCUAUCAUUCACGGCCUACGGCUUGACUAUAUUCGUUUUUUCUGCUUAUUUCAUAAUGACGGAUGUGAGUCCCAGAAGUAACUUCCGAAUGUACUCCUUGAUAGUGACGUCUUGUUUUAUACUCUGGGCCUUUUGUGAAUAUUGUCAACGAGUGACAAACGAGUCGGAGAAGGUUUUUCACAACGCCUGUAGAUGUCCUUGGGAGCAAUUCAACAAUACCAACAGGCGAAUACUUUUGAUGCUACUUUCAAACUCUAUCAGCCCCGUUACGAUUUCUUGCCAUGGCGUCCUGGAUGCGAAUUAUCCACUGGCAGUUAAGUUUUUUCGAAUGGCUUAUGCUGCCCACACGCUGUUCACCAAUAUGAGUCAAAAUCGUUCCUGAAAUACUUAUAUUUCAUGUAGUUUUUAAUUGUUAGAAAUUUGAGACACAUUUUGAAACUUACACUAUUCUCACUAAAUAUUUUUUUUGCAAUAAAGUGCUUUGUACUCUU